UCAUCUUUCCUUUGUUGUUGAGUUGUUUCCCACUCUCUCCUCUCUCACUAUUAUUCUUAUCUCCCUAUCUCUCUCUAAACUCCAUCUUAGGCAACCAAGCUGUCUCUUGUUGCCUUCAUACUUGUCCUGUUGGAACCUCUGCAACACCUUCUCCUACUCCCCUUUUUCUAUCUCCAAAUUCCAUGAAAUUAUCACCAUAAGCUGCUAAUUCUCUCUCAGGGUUUUGAUUAUUAUUAACUAGCUAGCUAAGCUAAUUAGCUAGUUAGUUACUCAUUAAUGGCUUUAAGUGGAAGUACUCAUGAGAAAGAAAUGAUAGGAAUGCAAACCUCACCUCCUUAUAUCAACAACAACAACAACAACAACAACAAUCAUUUGAUUAGAGAAUCUUCUUCUGAAACUUUGGAUCACCAUGGUUUGGAUCCGGAUAGGUUUCCGGGUACUGGAGCUUCAGUCACCCCAAUAUCAGUCGGAUCUAAACUCUUGAAGUCACCAUUGCAACUUCCUCGUUACAAAGAAUGCCUCAAGAACCAUGCUGCCAACAUGGGUGGUAACAUCACUGAUGGUUGCGGCGAGUUUAUGCCAUCAGGUGAUGAUGGAACACUAGAAGCACUAAAAUGUGCAGCUUGCAACUGCCACAGAAAUUUCCACAGGAAAGAAUACCCAGCCACAAACUGCAGUCCAACAGCAGGACCAUUUCUUCAACUUCCACCACCAUUACCAUCACCAACACCAUCACCCUCAUUCCACCACCACCACCACCACCGUACACCACCGGCAAUAUCCCUCCACCACCACCACCACCCAAACUGGGCUACAUCCAUCAAUGCUCCACCAGUGAAAAUGGCAUUUGGCCUUGGAAGUGGUGGUGGUGCAGCCACUGAGUCAUCAAGUGAAGAGCUGAAUUUCACUACUACUACUGGUGGUGGUGGUGUUGUACCACCAUAUGGGGUGGCUAAAAAAAGAUUUAGAACAAAGUUUACACAAGAACAAAAGGAAAAGAUGCUUGAGUUUGCUGAGAAAGUUGGGUGGAGGAUACCAAGAGAAGAUGAUCCUGAAGUUCAAAGAUUUUGUGCUGAAGUUUGUGUUAAAAGACAAGUUCUCAAGGUUUGGAUGCAUAAUAAUAAAGCCACUUCUGGGAAAAAGCAAGUUCAAGAUUCCAAUGAAAGCAUUAAUUGAUUGUAUGGUAUAGUACAACCAAUUUAUGCAUUUGAAGAAGAAAAAGAAAAUGAAUAUUGGGAGUGUUAGAAGAAUGUGUUUAGUUGGGUUGUGUAUAUGCUAGAAAAAACUAAGCUAGAUUUAGAGAUGCAUUGUAUUGCAUCUUCUUAAUUGGUGUUUUCAUUUUACUACUUUUCUCUAUAUUAGUUGGGUUGAAUAUUAUUUAUCAAUGUUAUCAUCUUAGUUUUAUCA